UCAUGACUGAGCUGUGGCAGUGACUGUUUAACUAUAUCUAGCUUCAGUACGAGAGCGAUUGUAGGCAGUGAAUACACAGCACAAAGAUGACUGACAUAGGCACAAAACAGGAGCAACAAUCUCCAAGGCCUCCGAGUACGAGAAGCUCAGGGACAGAGGAGCGUGGGGGCCCCGCUGGACAGUUGUCCUUCAGCAUUAGCAAGAUUCUGGGAGAAUCUCACGUUACACGCCAUAGCCGCGAACUCUCUCCCUCGCCAGCCACCCGAACACAGCCCGGUUCUCCGGCUCCUCCGGGUCCCAGUCUCCACGCCUGUCUACCCAACACCUUGCCGGGGUACGUGCCGACGUCUCUGCCACCCUUCUUCAGUGGUGUUCCGUGUCCGUCCCCUGGGUGUGGGUGUGGGGGUAUGGUAGUCAAUGGCAUUAUCAAAGUACCUGCACAUAGGCCGCCUGCAAUCCCAAUGGGUCACCUCCCUCCGUCUCUUCAGUUUCCCUGGAUGGAAGCUCGAAAAGACCGACUUACAAUCACCAGACGCAUUGGACACCCUUACCAAAACCGUACUCCUCCUAAAAGGAAGAAACCACGGACGUCAUUCUCGAGACUACAGAUUAUCGAGUUAGAAAAACGCUUCCACAGACAAAAGUACUUGGCCUCAGCAGAACGGUCGGCCCUGGCUAAAGCUCUUAAGAUGACGGACGCACAAGUUAAAACUUGGUUCCAAAACAGACGGACAAAAUGGAGGAGACAAACUGCAGAAGAGAGGGAGGCGGAACGACAAGCAGCAAACCGCUUCAUGAUGAGUCUCCAGGCAGAAGCAUCAAAGACCAUAUAUGACACGCGGGACCCCCUCGUUCUUAGCAACGCGUCUCUGCACGCUCUGCAAAAUCUGCAGCCCUGGGCCGAGACAGAAAACAGCGAAGACAGGCCCAACUAUCACGACUCUCCAUCUUUGGUUUAAAUAUGUAGGCGCUGACAGCGUUCUGGCGGUGACAAUAUACUAUAUCUUUAUCAGAGUAAUAAGGUAACAGAUGAUAUUGCAGAGAACACACAUGAGACUAUUCUAUCGAUAGACGGGGAUUUAUAAGUGUGGAUGGUCGGGUGUAUAUUGUAAAUUUAGUUAUAGGAUUGAAAUUGAUUUUCCUUGCAUAAACAGAGGCGAGACUUAUGACCUAGUGCAACGGGCAAUUCAUGACAUUUAGCUGUAUAAAAGUGAGAGAGACAAAAAAUAUUUAUAUAAAAAUAACUUUAAUUUUUGGUUUCUUUUUUCAUUUUUUAAUAAAAUG